AAGCGCGUCUGAGACCACGUACGAAGCUGGUUACCUGACUGACUGGACAGAGUUCACUCACACUUCAGUACCCACACAACCUGUCGUAGUAGUGAACGCCUCUGACCGCGUGUUUCCAUUUUAUUACAGUAGUGCAAUACCAAUCGACGAAUAGCAUAUUGUUAAAAUGAAACCCGCCAUUUGCCGAUGAUCGUUUCGCAUAAGAAGCGAGAGAUUAUAAUCAAUAAAUUAGUGCUUAGUGUAAACAUCAAAAAUGCCUUAUAUUAUGGUAAUGGGAAGUCUCAGCGCACCACACUUAUCAAAGGAUGAAGGCGUAACUGUGUAUGGGCUAAAAAGUGAAGAACGUGAUACCUUAGUGCGGGAAUUAAACUCUUCAUUCGGGAUAUCAAUCGCAUCAAUAUCAGAACAAGACAGAACUGUCCGCGUGACGCAGAAGGGAUUAACUCUGGUCGUAGUCAACCGCCUCCACGGACUGUUUGGCUACGAUGUUAUCUCGCACGCUAUGGCGAUGACCAACGCUAAUCGAGAACUGAUAUCCUUCAAUAUGUACAAGAAGUCCGGCGCAAGCAGCCACAGCCACAGCCACGGCCACGGCCACUCCUACACCCACGCGCAUGCACAUGCGCAGGGACACGGACAGUCGAGCUCGCAUAAAGUGCACCAGCACGGUAAUGUCGUUACGCUUUGACGAACUGCGGACACUGAGCACCGUUACCAAACUCUUGUCUGACACAGUCAUGGAUCCUUCAAGACACAUUGUGCUACUACAAGCAGUGAUAUAUUAAAAAUAAGUAUCUGAAUUGUGAUAUACAUUAAUAGAUAAAAUCUACCAAAUGUAUGAAACUUAUUCAAUCUCUAUUUCUAAUUUUAAUUUUUAAUUUAUAUCAAUAUGUCACCUAAUUCAUAAAAUAAUAAAAUAAUAAAACUGUAGUUUAAUUUCAAUUAAAUAUAUUACAUUUUACAAUA